AUGGCUCUUGUCCUAGACACUAAGACACCUUCCAGUGCCGACGGUCAAGAGGUGGUUGUCGACAACACAUGGGUCCACGCGAUGCUCUUCGCGAGCUCCCAUGUCUUCCCCAUGGUCCUCAACGCAGCCACUCGGCUUGGCGUGUUCGACAUCCUGUCCCGAGCUGGCCCGGGGGCUCGGUUGUCGGCUUUUGAGGUUGCCUCUCAGCUUGCCACACAGAGCUCGGAAGCUGCUCCAAAGCUCGACCGGAUGCUGAGGCUCCUUGCAAGCCACUCGCUCCUGAGCUGCGAGGUGCAUGAGCAGGAUGAUGGCCGGGCUGUCGAGAGGCUAUAUGGCCUCACGCCGGCAGCUCGCUACUUUCUGAAGGAUGAGGAAGAGGGCUCGUUGGCUUCAUUGUUGGAGCUUUCCUUCCAUCCGGCUCCACAGCAAGUUUGGUUGCAAUUGGACGAUCACAUAAUUGAAGGGGGGAACCAAUUCAAGAAAGUUCACGGAAUCUCAAUUUUUGAGUUCAUGGAUAUUGAUCCAGCAUUUAACAACACGUUUAAUAAGGCGAUGGCCGCUCUAACGACAAUAGUAAUGAAAAAAAUCCUUGAGAUUUAUGAAGGUUGAGGAACGACGACAUUAGUUGACGUAGCUGGUGGAACCGGCAAGUGCCUCAAUAUAAUCAUCUCCAAGUACCCUUCUAUCAAGGGCAUCAACUUUGAUUUGCCUCACGUAAUAGAAAGUGCACCUUCUUAUUCCGGAAUCCAGCAUGUCGGCGGGAGUAUGUUCACCGCCAUACCAAGGGCGGAUGCAAUCAUGAUCAAGGAUACCUUGCAUAAUUGGAAUGACGAGAACUGCAUCAAAAUAUUGAAGAAUUGCUACGAGGCACUACCGAGUAAAGGUAGAGCAAUAGUGAUAGACUUAGUGUUGCCGGAGGCGCCAGAAGCAAGCGCGGCAUCGAUGUAUGCUUCGAGACUCGAUAAUACCAUGUUGAUGCAGCCGGGAGGUCAAGAGAGGACGGAGAGAGAAUUCCGGUCCCUGUCGGAGGCAGCCGGUUUCUCCGAGUUCAAGGUCGCUAGUGUCGCUAGUAAUCUGUGGGCGGUCAUGGAGCUCUACAAGUGAGAGACUCUUUGCGUACCCAGUAUGUCGAGAGUUCGCUUUCGAAAAUCACGAAAGACUGUCUUUCCAUGGAUAUUUUAAGUAAAUUGAACUGCUGAGAUCGCAUGAUAAUCUUUAGUUUUGAUUAAUGGGUAUAUGGAUGGUUUCAUCAUAAGUGAAUUGAACUACUGAGAUUGCAUGAUAGUCUGUAGCUU